AACUGCCUGGACUACUGGCAUUGUUUGAAAUGUGUCAUGGAGGAUCGCGACGACGGAGGUUUAUUGCGACUUCUACGUCCUCGAUGAUCUCUACGUCGACGUCGUUCUGACCAACCAUUACUUGUUCGAGUUCAACAUGUUCACGGAAUGCGAUCAUUUCUUUCUCGAGGUUGGAUUAGAAGAUGAGCAGGAGUUCUGGAAGCUCUGCAACGUCCGGCUCAUCGGUCAGUAUGGGCAACGGCUAGAUGUGCUAGAAGAAGAGUACCUGCAGGACUUGACUUCUCUUGAUGCGUUCGAUCGCGAAAGGAUCCAAAGAGAGUUGGCGAGGCGAGAUAGGAUACGAGAUGAGAUCGCAUCUCUACCAGAGGACCAACGGGUGGCUGCAAGAUUGUCCGAGAGUGAGAGGCAGAGUCGAUGGGAAGCGUUGAGGCGAGUACAUCGAGACAGGUGGAGCACAAGAACGGGAGCGACGACCCAGCCAAAUGCCACUGCCGAUAAGCGGAAGUCUCGGUGGAGGAGGCUUCGAGUACUGCUCGCCUCGGCAUAG